AUGAUGCUGAGCACCAAAGGAGAAGAAGGCUUUGUGGUGAAGGUCCGGGGCUUGCCUUGGUCAUGCUCAGCCAGUGAUGUCCAACACUUCUUCUCAGAAUGCAAAAUUCAAAAUGGGGCAUCAGGCAUCCAUUUCAUCUAUACCAGAGAUGGGAGACCAAGUGGUGAAGCUUUCAUUGAACUCGAAUCUGAAGAUGACGUCAAACUGGCACUGAAAAAAGAUAGAGAGACUAUGGCACACAGAUAUGUUCAAGUAUUCAAGUCAAACAAGGUUGAAAUGGAUUGGGUAUUGAACCAUACUGCUUUAAAUUGCCUUGACACCACCAGUGAUGGCUAUGUACGCCUUAGAGGACUCCCAUUUAGCUGCAACAAGGAAGACAUUAUUCAGUUUUUUUCAGGGUUGGAAAUCAUGCCAAAUGGGAUAAUGUUGCCAGUAGACUUUCGAGGGAGGAAUAGUGGGGAAGCUUUUGUGCAGUUUGCCUCCCAGGAAAUAGCUGAAAAGGCUCUAAAGAAACACAAGGAAAGAAUAGGGCACAGGUACAUUGAAAUCUUCAAGAGUAGCCAGGCAGAAGUUAGUACUCAUUAUGAUCCUCCUCAAAAGCUAAUGACUAGGCAACGUCCAGGUCCUUAUGAUAGACCUCAGGCUGGCAGAUGCUAUGACAGUCUUAGUAGAGGAGCUGGGUUGGAAGGAAUGAGGUGUGGUGCCUAUGAAAGUGGGUAUACAGGUUAUGAUGACUACAAUGGAUAUAGUACUGAAUAUUACUUUAGAAGAGACCUCAAUUACUAUUUAGGAAUGUCUGGUCAUAGCUAUGGAGACCGCUGGUCUACCUUCCAGAGUCUAUCAGGCCAUUUCGUGCACAUGAGAGGACUGCCUUACAAAGUUACUGAAAAUGAUAUCUAUGAUUUUUUCUCACCACUCAAACCUGUGGGAGCACACAUUGAAAUUGGAUAUGAUGGCAGAGUGACUGGAGAAGCAGAUGUUGAAUUUGCUACUCAUGAAGAUGCUGUGGCAGCUAUGUCAAAAGACAAAGCAAAUAUGCAACACAGGUACAUAGAACUCUUCUUGUGUUAUAGCAGAGCAGACAGUGGGGCUUAUGAUCCCCAGAUGAUGGAAGGCAUGGGCUUGUCAAACCAGUUUAGUUAUGGCAGUCUGUCCAGCCAGGAUUUGAAUGAAGCUUAUGGAGGCACCUACAAUGGUCAGAUCAGCAUGAGCAAACGUGACCAAGUUUUAGAGGAAAACUUCAGCAACUUUUCAACCACUCGUUGCAUAGAGAACCAAGAAGAAGUGAACAGCAGCUACAACAACUUGGAGAGCUUUGCAUCUAUGGGAAUGAAUAGAAUGGAAGAAAUAUCAGGCAUGUCCAGUAUGGGAACUGAAUCAGUAGUGUAUCCUGAUAAUUGA